ACUGUCAACACUGACAGAUGACAGCUCAAAAACAUUGAAUAGAACAUGCUGCUUUUGCCGCAUUUUAGCAAAACUUAUGAUUAAAUGUUUAUUUAAUAACACAGAAAAUAUAUCGAAUACGAAAUGAAAUUUAAUUACAAGUUUCAAAACCUUCUGGGCACGGUGUACCGGCGCGGCGACAUCCUUUUCAUGAACAAUGGCAACUGUGUUGUCAGCCCAGUGGGAAACAAAAUAACUAUAUACAACCUUGUACAAAAUAAAAGUGUGACCCUGCCCGUAGAGAGUCACUACAACUACACAGCAUUAGAUGUUUCUCCCAAUGGUGCUAUAUUGUUGGCAGUUAAUGAACAGGGUGAAGCACAAAUGAUAAGUCUUCAAACCUGCAAUGUGGUACAAAGAUACAAGUUUAAGCAAGAAGUUGCCGCAGUGCGGUUCAGCCCGGACGGGAAGUACUUUGCUGCUUGUUGUGCUGACACUGUGUUCAUCAUGACGGCCCCUUGCCACUUCACCGGCGAGUUCCGUUCGUUCGUGAUGAAGCGAGUAUUCCGGCACGCCCGGGACGACGUGACGUGUCUCGACUGGUCGGCGUGUUCUCGCCUUCUCGCCGUCGGCUCCAAAGAUACCUCUACUAAAAUAUACACUGUGGAUUACUUGGAUAAUCUGAAUAUGUACUCAAUGGGCGGACAUACAGACAAGAUAGUGGGUGUGUUUUUCGAAAAGAAAAGCCUGGACCUAAUAACAGUGAGUCGCAACGGCCAAGUGUGCCUCUGGGAGGCGAAUAUAGACAUGGAUGACCUCCACACCUCCGAUGUACAGAUCUCGCAUACGAAGAGAAGGAAGUUGGAGGAUAGCGACGGAGAGGAUGACGUGGACCGGGAGAAGAUUGUUGAGAAAGAUGACAAGGACCAGGAAAGCGACAAAGACGAAGAAAUGGAAGAGAAGGCAAAGAGCAACACAUAUGAAAAGCGGCUGCUAUACAAGAAGCUAGGCCGGCACUACAUCGGGGACGCCAUCCGCAGCGCGCACCACAAAGUCAAGCUCUCCGCCGCACAAUACCACAAGGAGAACAAACUGCUCGUCACAGGUUUCACAAACGGCGUGUUCUUCCUCCACGAGAUGCCAGACCUGAUCCACACGCUCAGCAUAUCGGAGCACAGAAUAAGCAGCGUGGCCAUCUCUACACCUGGCGACUGGGUCGCUAACAUCGGCCAGCUGCUCGUCUGGGAGUGGCAGAGUGAACAAUACGUGAUGAAGCAGCAAGGACACUCCUUGGACAUGACCUGUCUCGCUUACUCUCCCGACGGCCUGUACAUAGUCACUGGCGGUUAUGAUGGAAAGGUAAAAGUAUGGAACACAACAACCGGGUUCUGUUUCGUCACGUUCAGUGAGCACACGUCGUCGGUGACGGGCAUCGUGUUCAGCGCCAACAAGAAGUUCUUCGUGUCGAGCUCGCUCGACGGCACCGUACGCUGUUACGACCUCACCAGAUACCGAAAUUUCCGCACACUGACGUCUCCUAGUCUUGUGCAGUUCAGCUGCGUUGCGUUGGACUCGAGUGGCGAGUUGUGCGCGGCCGGCGGUCAAGAUGUCUUCGAGAUAUUCCUGUGGUCGGUCAAGUUUGGGAAACUGUUAGACGUACUAGGAGGCCACGAGGCCCCCGUGUCGAGUCUGGCCUUCAACCCGGCGCUGGCCAGCUCCCGGCUCGCGUCGGCCAGCUGGGACAAGACCGUGCGCCUCUGGAACUGCAUAGAGAACAGCUCCGACAGCGAAACUAUACAGAUGACUUCUGAUGCACUACAAGUGGUGUUCAGACCUGACGGGGAACAGAUAGCGGUAUCAACGCUCGACGGCAACAUCACGUUCUUCGACGCGACGACUUGCGAGCAGACGGGCAGCGUCGAGGGCCGCGUGGACCUGGCGUCCGGCCGCGGCGACCGCGACCUGGUCACACCGCAGCAAAUGCUGAAAACCAAGGCGUUCACAACAAUCUGCUAUUCCGCGGACGGUUCCUGCGUCCUCGGUGCGGGCAACGCGAAGUACGUGUGUCUCUACAGCGUGAAGGAAUCCAUCCUCAUUAGGAAGUUUACCAUCACGCAGAACAGAUCACUGGAUGCGAUCAAUGAUUAUAUCAACCGGCGCCACCUGACAGAGUUCGGCAACAUGGCGCUGGUGGAAGAUCGGACGCAGCUCGAAGGAGGCGAUGUUAACAUCCGACUGCCGGGCGUCAAAGAGGGCGACAUGGCCGACAGAAACGUCAAACCCGAGGUGCGCGUCCACUGCCUGCGAUUCUCGCCUACUGGCGAGAGUUUUGCCUGCGCGGCCACUGAGGGCUUGUUCCUGUAUAGUCAGAAUGCCGGCAUUGACGGAACUUUCAGGCCAUACCGGUUAGAAGCGGACUCGACGCCCGGCGCCGUGAAGCAGAAGCUGUGCGAGCGCUCGUGGGGCGCGGCGCUCGCGGGCGCGCUGCAGCUCAACGAGCACGGCCUCCUCCGCGAGUGUGUGGAGGCCGUGCCCGCCAGCGACAUCGAACUGACAGUGACGUCACUGGACGAGGACUACGCACACCGCCUCACUACCUCAAUAGCGCGCCUCAUCGAAGAGAGUCCACAUCUGGAACACCUCUUAAUAUGGACCAAGUGUAUCCUGACCGACAAGAGCAAAUUCCCGCAGAGCGCACUACUGGCUCUUGAGAAGGCGCUGACUGUCAAAUACUCUCAACUGAGCAAAAUAUGUGACUUCAACAAAUACACAAUCCGCUGCAUAAAAACCGUAGGCGAGAUCACCGCUAAACAAGAGGCUGAGAUGGAGGUUGAUAACGAAGAUAACUCAAGCGGCCGCGGGUCGCUCUCUGAUUCUGAUUAGUAAUACAUACGUUUUUAUA